AUGCAGCCACCUAGGUUCUUGAACUCAGACAUCAAUGAGUGCAGAAACAAAAAUGGAGGCUGUCAGCAUCAGUGCUUCAACACGCUAGGAUCGCACGUGUGCAUAUGCUCCGAAGGAUAUGAGGUAGAUCCCGCAGACAAAAAGAAGUGCAGAGACGUCAGAGGAUGUUCGUACAACAAUGGAAAGGGUCCGUGUCAGGAACAGUGUACUCCUCUGCCUGGCAAAAAACAAAAGUGUUCUUGUUCAAGCCCCGGACUCAAGCUCGCCGAAAACGGGGCGUCGUGUGUCGAUAUUGACGAAUGCAGUGAUGGCAACUUCGGAUGUUCCCAUGUUUGUGAAAACGUUCAUGGUUCUGCGUACUGCUUAUGCCCGUCAGGACUGAAUUUAGCCGAUGAUAACAAGACUUGUAUUGCUUUAAAUGGGUGCUCGGGCAACGAUGGCAAAGGUCCAUGUCAGGAGCGUUGCACUCCUUCACCUAACAAUGGAUACAGCUGCUCUUGCAUAAGUCCCGGGACAGAGCUCUCGACCGACGGGGUUUCGUGCGACAAGUUGUCUGUUGUACCCGAGGACACGUAUGAGUAUAUCUGGCCGUCAAACUCAACUGGCUUUUCAAACAGCAGCGAUGGGAUUGAUGACAUCGAGGGUUCUGGGAUGGAGGAGGAGACACCGUCCGGAAGCAAAGACGCGGAUCGCGUCACGCCGGAAUGUCCGAUAGGAUUUGCUCCAGUCAACGGGACAUGCGAAGGUAUUAUAACCAAACUAAUACGCAGUACCAAAUAG